UUCUCUCAGUUCCCUGUCACUCACACUUGUGGUUUCCUCCACGUGACUUACUUGAAAUGAUCUCUAGUCUUCAUUACAAGAAGAAGAAGCGGCCGCACUGACAAGGCUCUGCGUGACCUGGGGCGCUGCCUGUGACCUCCAGAGUUGGGGUGUUAGGGAGUCAUUCCUGCCCUCCUGGUGGUGCCAGCUCUUACAGUCUAGCAGACUUUUUUACAAAAAAUUUUUCUAACAAAUUGAGCUAAAUUUGGACUAUACCAUAUCGGACAGGUGUCAGGCUGGAUUUUAGGGGUGGCCUGUGUGCUGUCUGUCUCUAACUGAGGACCCUGGCUUCAUCUCGGUGCUGGUCUUACAUCUUCCUGGAAGUCUCAUCUAUAACUAUUUGUGGGCACCACCUCUGUCUCCUCCCACCCAUGGUCUACUGGUCCUUAAGUCAUCUUAUGUGGCUUCAUUGACUUCUGAGCUCCACAGUCUGCACAGGAUGUCACAGCUGUCCCCGUCCACCAGCGGUUCUUACCCUAGAAGUGCGCACAACACGUCUGGAUCAGAGGCAGAUGUUCUAUCUCAGGGCUCGGACGUAUGUAACAGAAAAGUACGAAGAAGGGAAAAAAACAGAGUGGCCGCCCAGAGAAGCCGCAAAAAACAGACACAAAAAGCUGACAAGCUACAUGAGGAAUAUGAAUGUCUGGAGCAAGAAAACUCUUCACUGAAAAAGGAGAUUGGGAAACUCACUGAUGAACUCAAACAUCUAAGCCAGGUCUUAAAGGACCAUGAACAGAUAUGUCCUUAUCUCCACUGCCCGGUGAACUUUGUGACUGUGCCCAGAAUGACAGAUGCCUUAGCUGGCUGCUUACCUCGAUGAUUCCCAUCCGCAUCUGGACUAUUCCUUUAACAAUGUUUCUCUUAUGGAUUUACCAUUGGGAUUGGGAAAAAAAAAACCUCUGUGAAGCUUCUGAGGCGUCAUGUGAAGAUAUCCAUGCUUUGGUUUACAUGGGACGUGUCCUGAGGCCAAAGUAAUUGAUCACUGCUGCCUUAAUUUAUGACUCUCUACUGAAUGUAAUAGUAAUAAGUGAAUGCACUGACAAUGUAAUUGUAAAUUCACAAUUUGCUAAUUUAGAUCCCUAAUUCUGUGAUGAUUAAUUUUUUUUUAUAUGUUCUUAUAGUAGUUGGGCACCAAAUUCCCUGCAUUGAUGUGGAAUUAAGGGUCCAUUCACACGACCGUAUUUCUGGGUCAGCAUCUAUUCUGCAAUUUUGUGUGAAUGGUCCCUAAAUAAGAACAUUCUGUUUAGCCGCAACCACCACUAGGGGGAGCUUACUUCGUACUCUUUUAUUAUUAAGACCACUGUAUAAACAGUAUGCAGUAAGCUCAUAGGCUCCCUCUAGUGGUGGUUGUAGGAAGCUAAAAUUUUAUAAUUAAAAGCAUACCUAAACUUCCACAUAGCUUUCCAGAAUAAGCUGCCAUACAUAAGCGAUAGAACUAUAUCUGACCGUUAUAUGACUGUAUCUGGCAUUUUUUAGAAGUAAGAAAACCAAAAGACAGCAAACAUAUACCUACAAAUCAUGUGUAGAACCAUAAUCACAAAACCAACCAAGAGCAAUGAACCACACA